GGAAACAAGACGGUGCGUUUUUAGAAAUGCCACUGGCUGCAGCCUGUCUUUCUCGAAUCCACGGGCUCACGGCUCUGAAGCGAAAGCAGAGAAGAUGUCAAUGGAGGAGGGUUUUGACAAACACGAAAACGAACCAUGGAGAGUCCUCGAAUUCUACAGUGGUAUUGGUGGGAUGAGGUAUUCGCUAAUAAAGGCUGGCGUGAACGCUGAAGUAGUAGAAGCUUUUGACAUAAAUAAUAUAGCCAAUGAUGUCUAUGAGUAUAAUUUUGGCCACUGUCCUUACCAGGGUAAUAUUCAGAGUCUGACUGCUGCUGAUCUCGACAGUUAUGGGGCACAUGCAUGGUUGCUUUCACCUCCUUGUCAACCCUACACUCGACAAGGUCUUCAGAAGCACUCUGGUGAUGCUCGGGCAUUUUCUUUUCUCAAGAUCCUUGAACUUAUACCACACACUAAACGACCACCAAAUAUGUUGUUUGUGGAAAAUGUCGUUGGAUUUGAGACAUCUGAUACACGUGCCAAAAUGGUGGAGAUUUUAGCAAACUCUGAUUUUGUUACACAGGAGUUUAUUUUGAGUCCAUUACAGUUUGGCAUUCCUUACUCCAGGCCACGCUAUUUUUGCUUGGCAAAAAGAAAGCCUUUUUCAUUUCAGCACAACGUCUAUGAUAAUCAGCUUCUUUAUUCUUUGGGCCCCUUAUUUGAGCACGAUGGAAAGACCGUUGUAGAUGCAUCUGAUCAACCACCAGAGAACUGGGAUAAGUUGCUUCUCUCAUGUGAGCCAGUUGAGAAUUUUCUUGAAUUCAAGAACUCCAGCAACCAAGUAGAUGCACAAACUGGUCUUGUGGCAAUUACCAAGGUUUCUGGAGACUGUUCUCAAGGUUUGGAGAACAUUGGUGAAGGAGAUCUUUGUACAAUGGAACAGUAUUUUGUCCCAUCGAGCUUGAUAGAGAGAUGGGGAACCGCUAUGGAUAUUGUUUAUCCUGAUUCAAAGAGAUGCUGUUGUUUCACAAAGAGCUACUACAGAUAUGUGAAAGGGACUGGAUCCCUAUUAGCAACUGUCCAGCCAAAGGAUAAAGGGAAAACAUCUUCACUGAAGGAGCAAGGCCUAAGAUAUUUUACUCCUAGGGAGGUUGCUAAUUUGCAUUCUUUCCCCAAGGAUUUUAAUUUUCCACAACAGAUAAGCCUAAGACAACGUUAUGCACUGCUGGGGAACAGUUUAAGUAUUGCAGUGGUUGCUCCCUUGCUCUGCUACCUGUUUGCCCAAGAAUGGGCUCAUGAAUCUGAAGAGUUGGCUUCCAAUUAUUUUUAUGCCUUACAAAUUCAGCACCAUUGUGUGGAGCAGAGGAUUGAACUGUUAGUGUUACUGAAAUCUAAUCUUUUUUCCUGCCGUUAUGGACUAUGUUUCGCAGUCAGUGGCUUAAACAGACUAUUAAUUGUUGUUUCAAUUGUGUAGACAUCCUUUCACUAACGGAUGGGAUGUAGUUUUUAUGUAUGAGAGAAUUCUCUUGUAUUGAAUGAAUUGUUUAAUUGAUUUUAGUAACUGUAAUUUUAGGUUGAAAUUUGAAAUUUCUCACAAA